CACAGCAGUGCCUCGACCACUCUCUCCGCUUCGAUUUCAGCCAGAAAACCUUUAGCAUCGCUGUCGCAGGUCGUGAACCAGGGAGCACGUUUACCGACGCUGUCAGCGCCAGCAGUCGAGAUCCUCCGCACUCCCCACUUUCUGCGUACAGCAGGUACUGCUGUACUUGGUUUCCACUAUGGCUGCUGUCGGAGUAGAAGAUAUGCUCGAGGUAGGUUCCCUCCACGUGGGCCUGAUCGCCGCGAGGGACGUCAAGAGAGUCAAGCAGGGGGGGGUGAGCGACAUGCUGGGCCUGUCACCUCAAGCCUCGCCGUACUGCCGGUUUACCCUAGGGGAGUACGAGUUUACAAGCGGUGUUGGGGUCAGGACGACCGGCGGACACUCGUGGAACAGGGAACAGAUUUUUUUCCCGGUCAAGGUUCCUAUCUCAUGCGUGAUUGGGGGCUCCGGGCAAUCGUACCACACGGCGGGAAGCGGAAGCGACGGCAGCAGCACCAACAGACGCAAAGGCACCAAGGGACCAAGGAAGGCAGCAACACCCGGAGGGCAACCAAAAUCCGGCGGCAAGGGCGGCAGCGGCAGCGUGGCCUGCGGGUCGAGUCUCUCGCGGGCGGUAGCCGCUGAUGCAGCCGCCGCCCACGGCGUUUGGAACCAUUUGAGCUUGAGGGCUCAAGUGUUCCACCGGGAGGGGGGUGACGGGUACGGUGCAGGGGUGGGUUCAGGAACGACGGCGGCGGCGGGGGGGGGGGGGGGCAAGGGGCCGGGGGGGG